CUCCGCAGCAGUCACUUGGGCAUUUUAUGUUUGCAUCUCUUAAUGGGAGGGAACAAAAAAGCCUUACAGCAUACCAGUGAACUAAACAGGAACUGACCAUAGGGGAGAAUCUGAUGCAAACUUACAGACUGUUGGGACUCUGUGACAUAGAUCACCAAGGUAAAUGCGAUGAUGAUCAGAAACUGCAUCUGUGAGAGCGUAAGCCAGUGUUUCUGAGUUUGAAGCCUUAUUUUGUAACAGCAGUCAAAAUGUUCUGAACUGCUGCCUGCCUUGGUGCUAGCUUAUUUUUCUUUUUUUCUCAGGCUGAAAAGCCACAGAAGGUUUUCAAAGGAAUGCGAAAGGAACAGGAGUUUUAAAAGCAGGAAGCUGAAAGGGGAUCUCCAUAAGAUGAAUGUCACCCAGCACCGCGGGACACUCCAGCCUCUCCAUUUCUGGAACCACAGCCACGGACUGCAUGGAGGUGCCAGCGAGCCCAAUGCAAAGGGCCACUCCUCAGGAGGCUGCUACGAGCAACUGUUUGUAUCCCCCGAAGUGUUUGUCACUCUGGGCAUCAUCAGCUUGCUGGAGAACGUCUUGGUCAUUGUGGCAAUAGCCAAGAACAAGAACCUCCAUUCGCCCAUGUACUUCUUCAUCUGUAGCUUGGCAGUGGCUGACAUGCUAGUGAGUGUAUCUAACGGAUCAGAAACUAUUGUCAUCACGCUGCUAAACAACACAGACACAGACGCACAGAGCUUUACCAUAAACAUUGACAAUGUCAUUGACUCAGUGAUUUGCAGUUCCUUGCUUGCAUCAAUUUGCAGUCUCCUCUCAAUAGCAGUGGACAGGUACUUUACUAUCUUUUAUGCCCUCCAGUACCAUAAUAUCAUGACGGUGAAGCGCGUAGGGGUCAUCAUCACAUGCAUCUGGGCUGCUUGCACUGUCUCGGGCAUUUUGUUCAUCAUUUACUCUGACAGCAGUGUUGUCAUCAUCUGCCUUAUUAGCAUGUUCUUCACUAUGCUCAUUCUCAUGGCAUCCCUCUACGUCCACAUGUUUAUGAUGGCUCGGAUGCAUAUAAAAAAGAUUGCUGUUCUCCCAGGGACUGGCCCUAUUCGUCAAGGGGCCAACAUGAAAGGGGCCAUCACUCUUACCAUCCUGAUUGGAGUUUUUGUUGUGUGUUGGGCUCCAUUUUUCCUGCACCUGAUUUUCUACAUCUCCUGUCCCUACAACCCUUACUGUGUGUGCUUCAUGUCCCACUUCAAUUUCUACCUCAUCCUCAUCAUGUGCAAUUCCAUCAUCGAUCCACUUAUCUAUGCAUUCCGGAGUCAGGAGCUCAGGAAAACAUUCAAGGAGAUUAUAUGCUGCUGUAGCCUGAGAGGGCUUUGCGAGUUGCCUGGCAAAUAUUAA